AUGCAUUCUUACAUCCGCCCCAACACGCACGUCGCGUUGCGACUGCCCUCGGGCCUCUUCAAGAUAGUCGAGAUCACACCGAAUACUAACAUCAACCUCGGUAAAUUUGGUACCUUCAACUCAAACCUCCUCCUCGGCCGACCGUACUACCUCACUUACGAAUUACUCGACAAAGAUGAUGGCAAAUCCAAGACAGAGCUGCGCGUCGUACCUGCUUCUGAACUCCAUGCCGAAGCUCUAGGCGAAGACCAUGCGCCCGCUGCCGAAACAAGCGACGAGAAUGCCGACGGUGCUACGGGUUUCGACAUUGUGGGUGAAGAUGGCCAGGUGAUAAUGCGCAAUAACCGCUUGACCGUCGACGAUGCUUCAAGGCAGGCGCUAUCCAUGGCUGAGAUUGAAGAGCUGAAGAAGGCGGGCGCGGGCUCGGGCAAGGAGAUCAUCGCGAAGAUCAUGGCGUCCCACAAUGCGAUUGACGAAAAGACGAGCUUUUCGCUUGCCAAAUACACACUGCGCAAGUCGAAGAAGUACAUGAAGCGAUUCACGGCGCUGCCCAUGGAUGUUGGUCUGCUUACCGAGUAUGUACUGGAAAAGGAGGCAUACAAGAUCAUGGAGCUGAGGGAAGAUCUACUGGGCUUGAUCAACAGCUGGGCAAACAUACACUCUGGCGCGACAAACCAGGUUCUUCUGGGAGAGGACGGAGUCAGCCAGGUAGGGGGAGGGCGAUGGCUCGUGGUAGACGAUACAGGAGGUCUUGUCACAGCAGCACUUGCAGAGAAGAUGGGCAUCCUCUACCCGGAGGAAGAAGGCGAUGACUCCUCAGACACAGAUGAUACCCAGAUGAACGACACAGCCGCACCGCUCUCCGCCCCAGAACCUCAAGACCUAGACACUGCCAUGCCCGACGCCGAUACAACCACAUCGGACCCAACAACAGCCGCUCCCUCAGAUCCUCCCGCGAGACCGCGAAAGCCCCCACGACCACACGUUCCCCAGAUGUCCGCGCAAACCAAUACCCUCACCGUCCUUCACCCAAACAACCAACCCAACCUCUCCUACCUAAAAUACUUCGGCUACGACUACGGCGCCCCUGCCCCUUCCCACCCGCUUUACAAACACUUGAAAUCCAUAUCCUGGCUCGCGUUACUCCACCCAGAAGACGAUCCCACAUACGAUGAACCUGAAGUAAUCUCCGAAGAAGUCCUCGCAACGAUGAAAUCAACAAAACGGGGUACAUACUACAAGAAGCGCAGACGGUGGGAGCGCGUAAAGAGCGUUGUAGACGAAACCCGACGGGGCGGCUUCGACGGCCUAGUCGUAGCAACCGCCAUGGACGCAAAGACCGUACUAAAAGAACUCGUACCUCUCGUCCGGGGCGGAGGCAGGGUCGUUGUAUACAACCCCAACGUCGAGCCGCUAGUCGAGUUGUGCGAUCUCUACUCGAAAGAACGACGUGCGGCAUACAUAGCACGGGAAUUCGGUCCCCCACUGACGACGACACCCCAAGCUAAUGGCAGGAAACACAAGGUUGAGGAGGUUGUCGACACGAAUGGGAGUACGACGGAGGGUGGUAGCGAGGAAGAUGACUUCCCGCUUAACCCUACGUUGCUGCUUGCGCCGUCGCUGCAGACGGCGAGAGCGAGACAGUGGCAGGUUCUCCCGGGAAGGACGCAUCCUAUGAUGACGAGUAAAGGGGGUGCGGAGGGGUACCUAUUUACGGCUACGAGGGUGCUGCCGGUUGAAGGUAGAGUGGAGGCUAGGGGGCAUCAUGGGAAAAAGAAGAGGAAGGUCGAGGAGAGUGGUGUGGCGGCGGCGGAGACGUGA